AUGUCACACAGCAGCGAUGGAAGUGGAAAUACAAAAAGUGCACCUGUUAAACAAAGAAUGUUAUAUUCUACUUCUAAAGGUGCUGUUGAAUCAGUACUAACUGGUAAUGGAAAAGAAGUUGAUUUAAAACUAGAAAUCAAUUCACCAAAAGAUUUAAGUGUUAAUGAAAUUCAAGACAAAAUCCAUCCACCACCAGUACAAGAAAAGAAAAUGUUUGCUCGUCCAAAACCAAAAUUCUGCAGAAAGAAAUAA